AUGAAGUUAUGUGGCAUCUCAUUUCUCUUACUGAUGUUCCCCUGCAAGGAGAAAGCCGACGAGAACCAGGAAGAUGAAACUGAAGUCGAUCGAGCUGCUUCAGGAGUCGAUCGAGCUGGUGAUGACGCCUCGUCGUCUCAACCCACUGAAUCCGACCUACCUACUCCUGCAGCUACAGAGACUGCUCCAGCCAGAGCUUACACACCUAAGGUGCCUUACCCUGUUCCACGGAAGAAGUCCAGAAAAGACUUGGAGGAUGCAAAGUGUAAGGAGAUGUUGAAGGACUUGACUGUGAAGCUGCCUCUGUCUGAUGCUGUUCAGAUGAUUCCUGCUCUGAAGAAGUACAUGAAGGAGCUGAUAUCUGGGAAAGUAGCUGAGGAUGAGAAUGUCAUGCUAGUGUCAGAGGAGUGCAGCGCUGUGCUGCAGAACAAGGUGAUCAAGAAGAGGAGCGAUCCAGGAAGAUUUGUCUUGUCAGUGCAGAUAGGCCAUGACCUUCGCAUGCUCUCUUUGCGAUCUUGGCUCGAGCGUGAACCUGAUGCCAUAUUCUGUGGCCAAGCGAUUGGGAUACACGAAAUAGGGAACACACUCAUUCCAGCAGACUUUGUAGUCCUCGAGCUCGACGAAGAGCCUAAGGAUCCGCUCAUACUAGGGCGAAACUUCCUAUGCACAGCUGGUGCAAUCAUUGAUGUGAAGGGAGGAAUCAUUGAUCUCCAUCUGGGAGAUAUCGUCAUGAGGUUCGAGAUGAACAAACUCCUCAAGAAGCCAAUGUUAGAUGGGCAAACUUAUGUGAUUGAAGAUGGCUCAAACUUGGUGGACGAAGUGAGUGAGGAGAUGCUUCUUGACGACCCUCUGGAGGUAGCUUUGACUAAAGCUGAAGGCGAGUAUGAUUUCCUGAAUGAGGAAGCCGAUGGCUUCGGGAAAUGA